GGGUUUCUUUGGUAUUGCCAGAGGAGCGACUUCACACCUGUCAAUCAUCGUUUAACUUGUUAAAUAGUUGCUGCGGCAAGGAAGCGCUGGGUGGAAUUAAUGUUUGUUUGUGUGGGGAGAGUUUCAAGACAGCCGGACCUGUUGUGUUGUGGCGAAAAAAAACGCCAAAAGUGAUCAUGAGGAGUUUGUAAUUUCUACAUGUCACUUCAAGAGUCACAUCCAAGGUCAGGAAAUGGCUUUCCACGUGUGGCUCCCCUUCUAAUGCCGCCUGAACAACAGGAGGAAACACGGACACCGUCGGGAUCAUGUAGCUGAACGACGCUGAUGCACGAUGUAUCGCGGCACAUGAGCGCGGUGGUUGACACUCGCCCAUAAACCUGACCAUCAGUUUGGUCGCCAUCGGCGGGACGAUGAACGGAGCUCUUUUGACUCCUCCCAGCCCACGGGCCGUAAACUCCUCCCCCUUGCCCCCGUCACCCUCCCCGUCACCAUCCCCUCCAUCGCCCUCUUUGCUGCCUUUGUCGCCCCGGCCGCCGCCCCUCCCACCCCUGAUGAGCCCGCCACCACCGGCCCACCCGUCCUCGCUGUCGGACACCCCCACGCCUUCACCCUCACCUUCCCUCAGCUGGACUGAAUUCUGUGAGCUUCAUGCCCGCAUGGCGGCCGGCGACUUUGCACGGCACUUUAGGGCAUUCCUCUUGGAGAACCCUCACUACUCGCCUGACUCCGCCACCGCCUUCUGCCGCCGCUUCACGGAUCGCUUCGUCCGCCACUUUCAGAGCGAGUUGGAAGGGGCGCCACCACCUGCCGCUGCACCUGGCAGGGAGGAACCGGGGAGUUGGGCACCUCAGUCGGACGGCACAUCUCUGGAAGAAGAUGCCGCGUCCCCCUUGUCGGCAUCCGGGGCGGCGGCCCCGCUUUGCACCACCGCAAAUGUGGCUCGAACGGCUUCCAAACCGGCACCUGUUCGCCUUCUCCUGGACAACCGUAGUGGGGACAAAUUUCAAGACCCUUACGCUCACGGUCAGGUUCUGCCGCCUUCUUCGUCGUCAUCCUGCUGCUCCUCCGUGGGCGGCAAUAAUUGCAGGCGGGACGACAGGGGUGGCGCCACACUAGGCGGAAACGGGGAUGCGCCCGCCGAGGAAGAAGAAGACGGCUGGCCGGGGGCGGCCUCCAUGGGGGAGGAUGUGGAGCCGGAUGAGCGGGAAGCGGAGAGCGGCGAGGGGGAUGGCCCCGACGCCUCUUGCGGGCCACCCACACCCCCACCUUGCUCCAAAGGCGGCAGCGGUUCCAAAAACAAAGUAAAGAAGCGCUUCUCGCUUCGUAGCGUAGGGCGCAGUGUGCGCGGCAGCGUUCGCGGCAUCCUGCACUGGCGAAGCUCAUCCAGCGACUCUGCACCAAGCCCCCUGGCCCCCAGCUAUGGCUACACAGUGGGUGCGCAGGAAGCCGCUCUGUCCCGGAACGCCAUCGCCCAGCCUCCAGCGCCUGCCUCUUCCAUGCCCGUGUCUCUGUCCAUGCCCCUGUCCCUCCCCCACUCAUCUUCAUCCUCCCUGCCCCCUUCGUCAUCCAGCAGCGCCACCUCCCUCUCGUUUUCUGAUGCCGCUCGAGACCGGAGGCGGAGCAACGGCGAAGCUGGCGAGAAGGACAAGUGGAGCCACCGUUUGGAAAAAUUGCGACUGACUCGAUCGCCACCCCCCGUCCUCACUCCGAGCGCCACUUCAACCGUGCUGUUGCCCGCGGCGCCGCCAAGGAAGGUUGGUCGGCUGGUCCGGGAAGGCGGGGUCAGUGUCAGUUCAUCUAACGAUGAGUUGAGUGCCGGCCACGGCUUCCCGGGCUUCUCCUUUGCGCUCCCGCAUCACGGCCCCGACAACAACAACGCUGCGGGUGCCGGUAACGUGCCAUGGAGAGGGGGGCGUUGGCACAAGUGUCGUCUGGUACUCCGAGAGAGGGAACGAGAAGGGGAGCGAGGCGAGGAGUACUACUUAGAAUUCUUUAUUCCGCCUAAGGCAUCCAAACCACGGCGGACGGUGUCGUGUGGCGCCAUAGUUGACGUUAGGAGCACGACGGCGCUGGAGGUUCCGGAUAAGGAGAACAGCUUUCUGCUGCGGCUUGAAGGGGCCGUCCAGUACGUGAUAGAAACACGUGACGCCGUCCAGAUGAGGGCAUGGCUCAGCGACAUCCGAAACGGUGUCUGUCUCAGCAGCCAAGAAGAUCCUGACGGUGGCGUUCCAUCAGACAUCGGGGGCACGCCGGAGAUCGUCGACCGUCUGUCACAAGUGUGCUACGGCGGCGUGGCGGGCGCCUCCCCUCCAAUGGAGCCACUCCCGCCCGAACUGCCACCCCGAGCCCCUCUCGAUGACACUGACGCGCGCAUUCUCGGGGUAGGCGGGGCAAGUCUAGGUACUCCCUUUGCGGAGACGCCGGAUGCCACAGGUUCCUUCCUGUUCACGGAGGGGACAGCAGGCGAGGCUCUGGAGCAUCCGCUCAGCGAGUGCCAGUGGUUUCACGGCACCUUAUCGCGCCUCAAAGCGGCACAGCUGGUGCUGGCGGGCGGGCCGGCGAGCCACGGCGUCUUCCUGGUGCGCCAGAGCGAGACGCGGCGUGGCGAAUACGUUCUCACCUUCAACUUCCAGGGGAAGGCCAAGCACCUGCGCCUGUCGCUAAACGAGGACGGGCAGUGCCGCGUGCAGCACCUUUGGUUCCAGUCAAUCUUCGACAUGCUGGAGCACUUCCGCGUGCACCCCAUCCCACUGGAGUCAGGCGGCGCUUCUGACGUCACGCUCAUCAGUUUUGUUGGCGCCGCUGCUGUCCGACAGCCAGGGCGCGACCGGGCGGGCAGCCGGCCUACCGUCUGUGAUGUCAUCACCGCGCGCCAUCCCGACUCUCCAUCAACCCCCAUCUCUGACUGUGUACUUGACCAGCAGACCCCGUAGCCCCCCUCAGCCGCCCCCUCUGCCCCCGGGACGCCCGCCACCCCCGACUCCGCCCCAGGAGAGGGGACAGGUGACGGAGACAGAGGCUGCGAUGACGGGAAGUAGCGUUGUGGUGGAGGAGCGGGAUGAGCGGGACGCUCCACCGCACCAACCGGAGGCGGUGGAAGAAGAUGAGCCGGAGGCCGCUCGGGCACCGCCCCGAGCCGUGGACAACCAGUACUCCUUCUUCUGACGAGCGCCUCGUCGUCAGAGAAGCUCGUAACACUAAUGCGUGCGAGAGCGAGACCGGAUCGGACGCACGCUGAGUGUGUUUAAACGACACUAACGACUUACACGUGUACCUCACGACCGCCGCUAACCUCCACAACAACCUCAUCCAAGGGAGCGGGCACGUGCGUGCAUGCGUGAGGGUAUUAACGAAUGCGAGAGAUUGUGAAUGUGGUUAAGUUUGCGUGUUUGCGACUUUGUGUGUUUGCAUAAGACGCCAUCUGACUGAGUGAAUGUGUGUAAGCCCAGUCGGUGAUGUUAUCAUUCGGCGCCUCGCGGUUGGUUGUUUUUUUUUUUUUUUUUUUUUUUUUACCUCAGUGGCGCUCAGCGUUUCGUCCAUCUUGUUCUUGCUCUCCUCGCCGGCAAGACUAGUAUUGAUUUUGUUCGUCUCAAAUGUCUUUGUGCCUUCUGUUGUUUUGGGUCGGAACAAACGUUGUCCGUUCAGCAAAAACACGUGCCUUUUGUGUGUCAUCUGGGCUGACUUUGGCGCUUUUUUUGCGUGUCUAUCCGAUCGACAUGUUCUGUUCGUCGUGUCGGUGGCGCUUUUUUCCCGUGUUUCUUCUCGGUGUGUUUUCUCCGACGUGUCGUUGUUCUCACGACUUCUUGUGCCUUUCUCUGUCUCUUCUUCAUCUUGUCGUUGCUGGGACCGUGUGUGGAGGGUGGCGGCUGUGCGCCCCCGUCUUUUAGUUUCAGGUUCUUCGUUGAAUUGAAUGAUUCUAAUAUAAAUAUAGUUAAAACGUU